UAUAAUUAUAAUAAUAUAAUUCCCUUACAAAAUAAGGGUUACGUUGUUAAUUAGCCCAAAUAAAACAUGAAGCCCACCAGCAGCUCACCGGGACCUGGCCGGCGUUUGACGGAGAAAAAUCGUCGGCAGCAAAUGAGAGAUCUUUACCGUCGCCUCGCCUCUCUCGUCUCUCGUGAAAACACUCUGGAAAAAUCGCCGGCCUCGGAUUUGUUGGGUGAAGCCACUAACUUCAUUAAACAACUAGAGGAAAACGUCAAUGAGCUGAAAGCAAGAAAGGAUAGUCUACAAUUACCAAUCGUAAUAAUAGGCGUGAAUGAAAGUGAGAGAGGUGAAAGUUUGGAGAUAAAUAUAGUGUGUGGGUCGGAGAACAAGAAGCUGAAGAUGCACAAAGUGUUUUGUAUUCUCAAAGAAGAAGGCGCUGAAGUUGUGAGUGCUUACAACUCCACUGUGGGUCUCAAGAUUUACCAUACAAUUCUUUGCAAGGCAUUUUCACCUAGACUUGGAAUGGAUAUUAAUAGAGUUCAACAACGCUUGAAGAACUUUAUUUCUAGCAUAUAAUGAUAUCAAUUAUAAGGUCGUCAUGUGCCUUCGUGGGUUCUUUAGAUUUUAAUGAUGCUAGUAAUGUAUAAGUUGGGAACUUUAAAACAUCCAAAUUUUAUUUGUUAGGAAUAAUUGUUUACAGAUUGUGAUAAUAAUUGUUUACAGAUUGUGAUGAUGCUAAUAGGAUGUAUUAAGGAUAUAGGAUUUCCAAAAAUUCAAUCCUUGUAAAUAAUUUGCUUUCACUUAGGAACAUCCUUGUGCGCUACAAACUUCAUCUUCUAGCUACCCGAUAGUAUCUCAAGGAAGCCAAGUGGGAAAGAAAGGACUAGAACGAAGUAUGUAGAGUUUAAAGGAAGAUCCGGAAGGAAGGUGAAUCGGAAUGGUCGUUUAACCAUAAGAAGGAAGGGUUUCUAAGAUCCUUAUUCAACUUAUCUCCACUCAACACCUAUCAAGAUCCCAAAGGCUAGUCUCUCAAGACAAAAAGCUAGCAAGGUUGAAUCAACCUUGGAAAAAGUUUUGUACAAGGAAGGUGUUCUAAUUCACAAAUGUAUAAAAAAAAUUGUUGACUGGUCACAGGUUUGAAUCCCAAUGGAGCAUUGACUCUUUGUGUUUCAAUAUGUUGAGAAAGUACAUAUGUAUGAACAAAUACUACAUUCUAAUACAGUUAGUAGUACUAAAAAAAGAAAAAUUUGUCAAGUACCUUGUACUCAGAUGGCAUGUAGUGACUCUCUCAUAUGAGAGGUUAUGGGAUUGAGUCUCAGUGGAACUGUACUAAUAUUAUUGGACUGGAAGUCAAAAUGGUGGAUUUUGUGUUUAUUAAUAGUAUAGAUUUCUGUUUAUUGGA